CCCGCCCGCACUCUCACUCGCUCUCCGCAACGCUCACGCGCGAAUAGUCUACAAACGCGAAUAUGACCGCAAGAAUUACUACACCGCAUGUAGGAUAAUCUAGACAUAUAUUAGCCAGUAAAAUGGCUACAAAAUCGAAUUUCAAGCGGGCGCCGCCCCAGGCGCAGCUGGCUGUGUUGGCCUCACUGCGCACCACGAAGAUGGUUGACGACUCCAAAGCUAUUCUGCCAGCAGAACUCAUCAACACGAUCCUCGAUUACCUCCCCGUCGCCGACAUGUUCUCGUUCGCCCGAACCUCGAAGCGCAUGCAGGAGAUGGUGUACGAUGAUACGCGCUGGAUACAGAGGCUGAAGAGCAUGGGCUGUUGGAAUGAUUUCGAGGCGAAACAACGGUUUGAAGAGGCCAUACGCCGAACAGUCGAAAGCCAAAAAGCAGAAGAGGCUCAAAAAACAAGCGUACCGGGACAGGGAGCUGUUGCUGGACUAGGGAUAGGUGGAGUGGAGCCGUCCCGCGGUAGUAUGACGCUUUUCGACGCAGACGAAGAUAUACAGCGGCAGUCGCUGGAGCAAAAGGUAAGAGGUCGAUCCUUGACGCUCGACAAAGGCUUCAACGAUAUGACCUUGACACCCACGUUCACGGCGCCGCAAGCAAGAUCACCGAUGAUAGAACCGCAAGCUGCACUGAGGGUCAUCUCGGGUGUACGCUCGAUCAGGGGCAGAGCUCGACAGGAAUAUGGGAUGGUUUACGGAGCGCUGGCACCAUACUACUUCGACCUGGCACGUUCAAGAAGUCACACAGACCCUGUUUUGUUUCGUACAUACCGAGAUCCGGAGCAACAAGCGGUGAUGCUCGCGCAACUGAAAACGUUUGCGAAGAGUGAUUCCGCGCAAGGGUGGAGUCAGCGCGAGGAGAAGCUGGACACAAUGAUUGGUAUCUUCGAAAACGCCGUACUGAGGGAGUUCGAGACGGGAUGUGAAGAGAAGGAUUACGAUGGACGUAUGAAGCGCUUUGCAUCUGUUCUUUUUCAGUUGAAUGGUGGCGCUGCAUGUCUGGAUUCUUUCAUCCACAACCAUCCUAUGAUGCUGGACAAGGAGAAGCUCGGCAACCCAGGGGACUGCCUACCGAAUCUCAGCUCUAGCCAACUUACAUUGGAGCCAUCACGCGAAUUCUUCCAUGGCUUAGCUAUCGCCCUGAACGAAGAGACAACAAUCAUCGACCGGGUCUUUCCACCAUCCUUUGACGUGCUCCAACCAUUCCUGGAACGUGUUGCUGAAGACAUCAUAUCCGAGUACAUCACGUCUCUAUUUGAUGAAGCACACGACGUCAGUACCGACGUCUACCUCAAAGCUGUAGCAGGUGUUUUCGAUCAAGCAUCGCAACUUGCCAUCUCUCUGAAGCCAACGAAGGGCUCGAAGGCUAAUUUUCAGGAAGAGGCAAUCCGCAUCAUUUCACGAUGCUUCGAGCAACAUAUCGACCUGUAUCUGCAAGAGGAGCUGGACUUCUUCAAACGAAAAUCGGUCGAACAGGUCGAGGUGUGGGAGAAGCGGCUUAGUGCAGAGGAGCAAACAACUGAGACUUUCUACAUGUCGAACGUCAAUCGGAAGGCAGCCAAGCAGGACUUUCUUUCGUCCUUCAAGAAGGUUGUGAUGAUGCCUGUCAACGUGCUCCCGACAAUUGGCGGUUCCGGAUCUAGGAACUCGGUAAUCGCUACACCAGCAGUCAACGGCAAUGGCGGGCUAGAAGCACCAGCAAGAUCAGACACUCCAUCUGGUGACGGUGCACGCUCCCCUGGAUUGCAAGUUCCCACAACUGAGCUAGCAGCGAAAGCAGCGAUCAUGAACUCUCGCCUGGAGGGUAUUCGGACACUUUUCAGCAUAGAGGUUGCGCUUGAUUUGACGCACAAAGCAAAAUCAAGUCUCGAACGAGCAGCACGGUUCGUCAGGCUUGGUGGACAGUCUGGCGAAGAAGCGAAAGAGCAGUGUGAACAGAUCUUCAUCUUCCUCGUGCAGAUCCUCGGUACUAGACACAUGAAACUUGGCUUCGACAAGGCUGUGGGUCAUCUGGCCGACUACAAGCCUCGCGAGGUAGCGGAUCACAGCAAAGAGGGCGUGGCACCUUUAGUAGCGUUUCUUGAGCUUGUCAACGUUGGUGACUUGAUCCAACAGAUGGUAGAAGUGUUCUAUCUGCAGGAGUUGGUUGCUGCCAAUCUUACCGACCGCGAUGACUUUCUCAGUCUCGCAGCGAAAGAGAAGAAGAAGUUUGAGUCGAUGCUUGACGAGCGCGUAGCUGCAGGACUGAACAAGGGUAUUGACGUGCUCAUGGAUGAAGUGGAAUACCUCUGCGGCACGCUACAGCAGCCAUCUGACUUCAAUCCGCCAGUUGGGCCCAAUGGAAUGGCACAGUUGUCGGAUAUUGGGCCUAGCGAGACAGCGAAGAGGGUCGUCGACAUGGUGUCGUCACACACGAGCAUGUUGAUUGGUAGCACAGACAAGAACGUGCUUGACGUCUUCAACCAAGAAGUCGGCGUGCGACUGUUCACCGCGAUCUGCAAGCACCUCAAGCGGCAAAGAGUGAGCGUUGACGGUGCUAUCGUGUUGAUCAGUGAUAUGAACGCCUACAACACUUACAUCGUCUCGUUGCGGAACAAACCACUCAUGCAGUACUUUGCUGCUCUUCGCGAACUCUCUCAGAUCUACCUGAUCGCGCCAAAGGAAGCAAAGGAGAUUGCGACCAUCAUAGCAGACACAGACCGUUAUCACGGCAUCUUCAGGGCAGAAGAGGUAUACGAGUAUGCGGAACGGCGAGCAGACUGGUACCAGAUCAAGAGUGCAGUCGAAAAGCAAAUGUAUGGGGUUGGCUGUUGGGUCAUGUAACUGAUGGCACUCCACUGUCAGCAUGCGGCUCUGCAACACAAGUAAUAGCGAUUGCCGGAUUGGGAUAGAUGUGCAGAGCUUCGGCGGAGCAAGUUUGAACUCAGGCCGUCUGUUGGACACAAACAUCAAACAAGCGCCGUUCCUCCUUCCA